CCCUUUAUAAUAAUAAAAGUGUUUUAGUGUAGUUUACUAGCUUAGAUGCCACUUGUCACAAAACCCAGAAACCUCGCAUCCAUUGUGGUCUUACUAAGCUCUCUCACACUCAUAUCGCUUACCACCUUUUUCUUUUGGUUUCCCUUAACACAUUUAUCAUUUUCUACCAAAAAUUCAUUCCCAAUGGCUGAUCCCAACAAUAAAGCUCAAAUCUUUGAACUCAACAAUGGAAAUAUAUGUGUUUUGGUCACCAACUAUGGCUGCACAAUCACCUCCCUCUCUGUUCCUGAUAAAGAUGGAAAAUUGGGUGAUGUUGUUCUUGGAUUCGAUUCCAUCGAGCCGUAUUUGAAUGGUGUUGCUCCUUAUUUUGGAAGCAUUGUUGGCCGAGUUGCCAAUAGGAUCAAACAUGGAAAGUUUACUCUGAAUGGAGUGGAAUACUCUCUACCAAUCAACAACCCUCCAAACAGUCUCCAUGGUGGGAAGAACGGGUUCGAUAAGAAGAUAUGGGAAGUUGUUGAACAUGAAAAAGGCGAAAACCCUCACAUUACUUUCAAGUAUCACAGUUGUGAUGGCGAGGAAGGUUACCCGGGAGAUGUUUCCGUUACUGCAACUUACACACUUACAUCGAGCACAACAUUAAAACUUGACAUGGAAGCAAUGUGUGAAAACAAGGCCACACCAAUCAGCUUAGCACAACAUACCUACUGGAAUUUAGCUGGUCAUAACUCGGGGAGCAUACUGGACCAUAAAAUCCAGAUAUGGGCGAACAAUUAUACUCCGGUGGAUCAAACCAGUAUCCCGACAGGUGAAAUACUUCCCGUGAAAGGAACUCCCUUUGAUUUCACUUCUGAGAAGAGGAUUGGUGAUGAUAUCCAACAGGUCGGUCUUGGAUACGAUCAUAACUAUGUUCUUGAUCUCGGGGAAGAAAAAUCAGGCCUGAAACACGCUGCAAAAGUUAAGGACCCAUCAAGCUCACGGGUCCUCAACUUGUGGACCAAUGCUCCCGGGGUUCAAUUCUAUACCGCAAACUAUGUCAAUGGGGUCAAAGGAAAAGGAGGAGCGGUUUAUGGAAAGCAUUCGGGGCUCUGUUUGGAAACACAAGGUUUCCCAAAUGCAAUAAACCAGCCAAACUUCCCCUCGGUUGUUGUUCAGCCCGGCGAUAAGUACAAGCACACCAUGUUAUUCGAGUUUUCGGCUGAGUAAAGUGUCUUAAGUCUUUUCAAGUGGCUGUCUAAAAUGAUAUUUUUCUAAGUAUGAAAUGAUGACAGUUCUAUAUACUUAUUUGAAUUUUCUAAUCAUUCUAGUCUUACUAUUAUUGAUUGAUUGUGUUGAUGAGAUUGCUUUCUUGUUCAUAAAAAAUACUUCAUAUUCCAAA